GGGGGGCUUCAGUGCGUUCGUUCUUCGAGGCGCGUGCGUGGGCGCGCUGGAACUGGAACUGGAGCUCGAGCUGGAGCUGUCCGUGGUGCUGAUUCCUCUCUCUCUCUGUCUCUGUCUCCAGCAUCUGUUCAGCCUCAGCCAAAGUAGAGAAAGAAAUGCAUGCAGUUCAAGAAACACUCACCGUCACUAUCACCACGACCCACACACACCCAUCACACACACACACACACGUUACUAGCUUGGAGGUGUUAAAAAAAUCGUGCAUCAUGUCGUGGAUGCAGAACUGAACGUGGGGAAAUGAAUCACCUGCUCCUCCUCGCGCUCGUACGGACUGGUGCGCAGUAGCCGAUACUUUACGAAUGCGUAUUCAAGCAUGGACUGUUUUUGACGCUGGACUUUUUUUUUGGUCAAUGGGCAGCGCGAGCGGGGACGCUUUCGCUUUCAAUCGCUUCUCUCUCGCGGCACUCCCUCCGAAAAAAGUGCAGGUAAGUAAAUCUCCUCGCUGCCCCUGCUCCAUGUCACAUUCAGAGAGAAGGAAGGAGAGUCCUCCUCACCUAAACAUGCCAACCAAAUUGCUGCUCUACUUCUUACUUCUCUCAGUCUUUCGGGCAUGCUCUCAAACAAUCGCAUCUGAAGACGAGGAGUACGACGACGUUACUGUGAAUCAAAUGUUGGCCCCCAGAACCCACGAGACAGACGCUACGCAAAUCCUCAACAACUUGCUGAAGGAGUACGAUAAGAAACUUCGCCCCGACAUUGGAGUUAAACCGACCGUCAUUGACGUUGAUAUCUUUGUGAACAGCAUUGGACCGGUGUCCUCAAUAAAUAUGGAGUAUCAGAUUGACAUCAUCUUCGCCCAGACGUGGACAGACAGUCGACUGAGAUACAACAGCACAAUGAAAAUACUUACUUUGAACAGCAAUAUGGUUGGACUCAUUUGGGUGCCUGAUACUAUCUUCAGAAACUCCAAGAACGCAGACUCGCAUUGGAUUACGACGCCCAAUCAGCUGCUUAGAAUAUGGAAUGAUGGGAAAAUACUUUAUACCCUGAGGCUCACCAUAAAUGCAGAAUGUCAGCUGCAGCUUCAUAACUUCCCAAUGGAUGAGCACUCCUGCCCUCUAAUCUUCUCCAGCUAUGGCUACCCGCGAGAUGAAAUGAUUUACAAGUGGAGGAAGAACUCUGUGGAGGCGGCGGAUCAGAAGUCGUGGAGACUCUACCAGUUUGACUUCAUGGGUCUAAGGAACACUACAGACGUUAUCAAGACAACGGCAGGUGACUAUGUGGUGAUGACGGUGUAUUUUGACCUGAGCAGAAGAAUGGGCUACUUCACCAUUCAGACCUACAUCCCCUGCAUCCUCACAGUGGUGCUCUCCUGGGUCUCCUUCUGGAUUAAAAAAGAUGCAACACCAGCCAGAACUGCUUUAGGAAUAACCACAGUGUUGACCAUGACCACCCUCAGCACAGUGGCCAGGACAUCGCUACCCAGAGUGUCGUAUGUCACAGCCAUGGACCUCUUUGUCACUGUCUGUUUCCUGUUCGUCUUCGCUGCUCUCAUGGAGUACGCAACCCUCAACUAUUACUCCUACAGCGCUCGCAGACCCACCUGUAACAAGACGAAACGAUCGAAUUACUCAGUGCUGGAUGUGGGUCCUCCUCCUACAGUCAUCGCGCUCAACAACUCAAUGUACUGGCAGGAAUUUGACGAUGCCUGCAUAUACGAGUGCCUGGAUGGGAAGGACUGCCAGAGCUUCUUCUGCUGCUACGAGGAGUGCAAAGGAGGAGCGUGGAGAAGAGGCCGAGUGCACAUAGACAUCUUAGAACUAGACGCGUACUCCCGCGUCUUCUUUCCCACCUCUUUUCUAUUGUUCAAUGUUGUCUACUGGGUAGGCUACCUCUAUCUUUAGCAAACCCACCUCCUCCUUCUCAACCAGGAUUCAGAGGAACUGACUUGUGACUCGUGACUUGUGGUUUCGUCCGAAUGGAAAUGAAAGACAGACCCAAACCAAGACAUUUUUAAGGCAACAGCCAAAACAAACAAAUGCUGGUUUUCGGAAAAGAAAGGAGAACUUUGUUGAAAAGUUAAUAAGUGGUUUAGGACACGAAUGAAAAGUGAAACUUUGCCAUGACAAAGUUACAGCAGAUACGCAGAUACUUUGAAGCCCUUAAGGUAAGCAGCCUGGCUCUUUCUAUUCGCUCGGAAAGGGGUAUCGCCCACAGGCUUUUUUUGUCUGGUAGCAUUUCUCUGCCAGAAGUCUUUGCCUUUGUUCUUCAGGUACCAAGGAAAAAAAAAAGAUUCACCAUCCACUUAUCACAGAGACUCAACUCGUAUUGGGUGAGAACACUGCAGUAAGAAAAUCAAAGGGAUAAGAAUGCUUUUGGCCAAGGGUUGAAGAGUUGGGGGAGGAAGUCUUGCACAGCUUGUAACCAACCCCCCUGACCUCUAAUAUCAAGAUGGUCUCAGCAAGUGGUUCCCAGCAAGGGGACCUGCCAACCAGCCAUCAGUCAAAACCAGAGGCAUGGGAAAGCAUUCAGAGAUAUCCAUAGUGCCUUCUUCUAGAGGGGUCGCCAUCUGCCAGAGAGAGAUGAGUAUCAGUGACAGGGACAACUCAUGGUUUUGACUGACUGCUGAUUGACUCACUUUGUGCUUUUCCUUUUGAGUUGAGUUUGUUCAACUUUCGUUUUGCGGUCGUUCACCAUUUAUUAUUAUAAUUUUUUUGUUUGUUUAAUGCAUAACUCAAUUCUAACGUCACGGUCAUUGCAUGCUAUGCUAUAAUUAUAAUAGUAUUAGUAUUACUAAUCCUCUGAAUCUGCACAAUUUCAGUACACAACAAUUCAGACUUUUGGAAUAUCAUAGCCUAUUGGUAUAGACUUUAAAGAGGUUUGCCUAUAUUUAUAGAUUUUUAUACGAAACAUUUUCCAACAAGAGUUGAAUUAUAUAGAUCUAUAAACGCAAUCAGUUCGUUCAGACAAUAAGGUGCAUGUUUGAUGUAUAGAGUAUCCCUUAUCAUCCCUGUUCCCAAAUGCAAAAUGCUACCUUUAGCCUUGGCCAAGAGUAGGAAGUGGCAUAAUACCUUAUAAGCAAAAUCAACUCAAUCACAAAGGAAAUGAUUCAGCUGUGAGAUUGAGUUUGGGAAACUCACACACACACAAUUAUGGGAUGUCUUUUACAAUAAGAAGAACAGAGUGAGAUGGAGAUCAACAGCAGGUAUGAACAGGUUCAAACAAAACAAACAAAGUAACACCUAUAAUCUUUAGGUUAUCCUUAUUAUACAUCUCACUCUAUUACACCAUUCUGCAGUCAAUAACCAUUAAUAACUAACAUGAGUCCUACAUUACCACUGUGUUCACAACCAAACUGUAGUUCACAAUAAUAUCAUUUACAGCUACAGAGUUGCCUUAGGGUCACCAGCACAGUCUUAGUGUAAGAUGAUCCAUAUUAGAGGUAGAGAUCUAUAACACCUGCUUUGCUAAUUUAUUUAUGAGUCAUUACCAAAGGAUUUAUUCUAAAGGAAGCUGAAAAAAACAUACAUGUAUCAAGGCAAUCUGCAUUUUCUUAAAUAAUGGCCUUUUAUUAUUAUUUGAGUGUGUGCAAUACACUAUGCCAAAUCAUUGUCAUUAAUUACUGUAUUACUAUUACAUCACAGUGGUAUACUUAUUAUUAUUAUUGUUUUGUUUGGUUAUAACAUGGAUCAAUAGCAAUAGUAUUAUAAUUAUUUUUUUGUUUUGUUUUUUUACAAGGGUAGCAUUUAUUUGAGUACAGCAUCUUUCUUCAAUAUCCCAUCAUAGGCCACUGUGGUCUCCUAUGUAGUCGAUUUCACUGUUCUGUCGGCAGCUUUUUCAGUGCAAGCAACAAUACACGCGAUGGCAAACGCCAGAACUUGCGGUCAAAAUAAUUUUAUACUUACAGACGUCGGGGUCACUAAUUUUAACCCCUGACGUCAUGAUGAUAUGUUAUGAUUUGAUGCCUAUUCCUACAUAUGCUCUAUCUAUUAUGGUACACUUGGUGUGUUCCAACAGGACGUUUUAAAUGCCUUUCUGAGGUUCUCUUCGAGGUUUGUCUUGUGCUCUGUCGUUGGCGUAUUGAAUUCAUCUGAAAUGUGUGGUGAUCUGCUGGCAAACCGAUUCUCCUCCUGCGUUUCAUUCACGCUAUUGUGAUUUCUGUUGUGGCUUCUUGAAGGUGUCGAUCCAUUACUGACCUGUUUUGCGGUUUUCCUGAUGCUAGUUUGUUAUUACUGCAGCUGUCGACUCGGUUUGACGUACAAUAACUAUUAGUUGUUCAUUAUUGGUGGUGCUAACCCCUCUCAGACUGACCCAUCAUCAUGCAGUUGAUGGUGUUGCUCUCUCCUGCUGAGAUUUUGUUACAGAACCACAAUGCUGGAAGGUUAGGUACGUUAAUUAAAGCCAUAAAUACUGUGCAUGAAGGAACUGAAAUUAAUAAUGCUCUAUUUUUAACUGAGGCUUCGUAAGCAGACCACUAGUCUGUGAUAAAGAUUAUCAUAACCCCCCCUUUGGACAGGAGUGUGCUACUACUUAGGAAUAAUUUAGGCCAGAAACUUUUAGAAGAUUUUAAUUGAGGAUUUCUGUUAAAACAUGAACAUGGAACAUGCCCAACGUUUCAUUACCAUUUCUGCGCUGAAUACCACAUGUCAAGCCUGCGUUGCAUCAGCCUCAGCACUGAUGUGGAUCUAGGGCUGAUUUUGGCUGACCUUUGGGCUGAGUGUUGCAUGUGGCUACUCCCCAGUUGCCAAGUGUAGUAUGACAAUUAACCCAAGCUACAUUUGGCAAAACCCCAGUUGCUGAGUAUAAUAUGAAUAUAGACUCAUUCCACUUCUGCCAACUCUCUGGUUGCUAAGUGAAGUAUGCCAAUUGACCCCAACACCCAACAUGCCAACAUGUGGCAACACCCCAGUUGCAGAUUUUAAUAUGGGAAUCAGCCCAAGCUACAUUUACCAACACCUUAGUUGCUGAGUAUAAUAUGAGAAUUAGUCCAUUCCACUUCUGCCAACUCUCUGGUUGCCAAGUUUACCCAAGCCACACGUGGCAACAUCCUGGUUGCCGAGAGUAAUAAUGCAAUCAGCCCAAGCCACAUGUGGCAACAUCUCGGUUGCAGAGUAUAACAUGAAAAUCACCCUGAGCCGCAUGUUCCAAAACCCUGGUUGCUGAGUAUAAUAUGAGAAUUGACCCAUUCCAUUCAUGCCAACUCUCUGAUUGCCAAGUUUAAUAUGACAAUUGACCCAAGCCACAUGUGGCAACAUCCUGGUUGCCGAGUGUAAUACUGCAAUCAGCCCAAGCCACAUGUGGCAACAUCUUGGUUGUGACGUAUAACAUGAAAAUCACCCUGAGCCACAUGUGCCAAAACCCUGGUUGCUGAGUAUAAUAUGAGGAUUGACCCAUUCCAUUUAUGCCAACUCUCUGAUUGCCAAGAUAAAUAUGGCAAUUGACCCAAGCCACAUGUGGCAACACCCCAUUUGCAAAGUAUAUUGUGAGAAUCAGCCCGAGGCACAUGUGGCAACACCCCCGUUGCUGAGUAUAAUAUGAGAAUUGGCCCAUUCCACUUCUGCCAACUCUUUGGUUGCCAAGAUUAAUAUGGUAAUUGACCCAAACCACAUGCGCCAACACCCCGGUUGCAGAGUAUAAUAUAAGAACUAACCCAUUCCACUUUUGCCAACUCUCCGGUUGCUAAGGUUAAACCACACAUUAUUGGUCAUCUCUUAACUCAAAAAUCAACCUAUUAACCUGCGUUAAAAUCUUCAUAGUCUCAUAGUUUCAUCAACAGAACUUUUUUUCCAAUUCCAGUCUGGGCAUGUUGAGAUCUUUUAUUCUGUUAACAAUCCAGAUUACUAGUUGCAAAUAAAUUCUACAUUUUAAAGGAAGUAGUAACAGUCAAGUCAGAAUGCCAAAGAACUCAUAAUGGUGAAUCAUGAAUCAUGAUUCACCAAAGAAAUCAUUGCUCACAGACAUGGCUGGGGGAUGUAUUAUUAUUAUUAUUAUUAUUAUUAUUAUUAUUAUUUUAGAUCCAUCUUCUUAUUUAAGGCUUUCUGAAGCUGUGGUUUGGUUUGGGGUUGGUCUGUGCAGUAUCUUAAAUAUCACAAUGCCUACUUUUAAACUUAAAACUUUUUAAAGUUGUUUCUGAAACUUGUGAAUGGUAAGAAGAGAAGCUUCGGUUCUUUGGAUGUUUUCAUGUCAGUGGCCUGCUGCUCUCGAGAUUAAUAAUCUAAAAAAAUAAACAUUUGUUUGUUUUGAUGCCCCAGUCAGACACCCUUCAUACAAACCCAUACAAACUUAUACCACCUCUGAUCAUAACGAGACAUAGAAGUUCAUUGUAUUUAGCUUUGUGUUGAGAAUUUGACGGGUCAGUGUAUAUUUUUCAUGUUUUGACAGUUUGUGAGUAAAUGCCAGUGUUGAGUUAGCUUCUCUCAGCGAUGUGCAGUGAUUGUUCGUGGGGUUAUGACUUGGACCAGAUAAAAGAGGGUGUAUGUGAGUUUUUUUGGCCUAUUUUAAAACCCAUUUCUAUUUCUUGUGCUUUUUCAUACAUGUAGUUCUUUUUUAUAUCUGAUAUGUACAGUGCAGAGAUACAUGAGAAGACGUGAACUAAAGUUUUGUUUUUUUGUUUUUAUUUUUUGUUUGUUUUUUCUUUUCUGUACAUCAUUGCAGUUUUAUCUUGCACUUUAUAAGUGACUUAGUUAAAUGUAUUUACAAUGAAUUAAAGGUAUUUUGUAAGUAGUA